ACAGAGCGCACCGAACAGAGAGCGCAGAUGCACUUGGCUAAAUCAAUUCCAAUAAUGAAUGAAAUAAUUAUACAUUUACUCGCACUCGUCGCGACCCACUUUAAGAAAGGCUGAACUAAAUAGUUUAUGAAUGCUGGUGCAAAUGCAAGACGAAUAGACCACCUCCAGAAAUGAAGCUUCAAAACUAAAUGUACUGUAUUUUGCAAGAUUUUGAGUUAAAAUCCUGCCUAAUUGUAAUUUUCCAUUGGCUACUACUGGUAAGACAACAGUCACCUCCCUGUAUCCACGAGACAGGAAGUGUCGAUGAGCAUAGAAUAUAGAAAAAGUGGCAAAGCAACGUAGGUCUACAGUAAUUAUCAAAGGUCAGAAAACCCAGCGUUCUAUCAUCGGAGUAGGGUGCCAAUGACUUUAAUGUUGGAUUGUAGCCUACAUGAUUCUGUAUAAUAAACAAUAUUGCAAAAAAAAUGCCUGUUUGUGCUACACUGUGUCCAAAGAUAUCUGCCGCCAGGGGGACUCGACCCGCGCUGAACAUACUUCCCAAAUUCCAACUAGAACCUGGAGGUCUCUCUGAUCACUGUUAUCUUGGCCUAAUGUCUGUCCGGGUGCCAUCCAUGAGUGUGCUGCCUCCUGUUCGAAGGGACCGCAUCAUUGCCCAGCUUCCUCAGUUUUACAGUAAGAAGGCUGCUGUGCACACUAAAGAUGAGUUCAACUCCAAAGUGAAGACUGCCUGCCAGGAGCAACGCACUGGCACAGUAGGUAGGUUUAAAAUUGCUAAGGUCAUAGUGGUUGGUGACCUGGCUGUGGGAAAAACAUGUCUGAUUAAUAGGUUUUGCAAGGAUGCAUUUGACAAGAACUACAAGGCGACCAUUGGUGUUGACUUUGAGAUGGAGCGGUUUGAAGUGUUGGGGGUGCCUUUCAGCUUACAGUUGUGGGACACUGCAGGGCAGGAGAGGUUCAAGUGUAUUGCUUCCACAUACUACAGGGGAGCUCAGACUAUUGUUAUUGUGUUCGAUGUAAAUGAUGUGGCAUCUUUGGGCCAUGCAAGGCAGUGGCUUGAAGAUGCCUUGAAGGAGAAUGAUCCUACCAAUGUCCAGCUUUUCCUGGUGGGCACAAAGAAAGACCUAAGUUCUCCUGCUCAGUACUCUCAGAUUGAACAGGAUGCCAUCGAACUGGCUGAGGAAAUCAAAGCAGAAUAUUGGGCCUUGUCAUCAUUGACUGGGGAAAAUGUGAGGGAAUUUUUCUUCCGUAUUGCAUCAUUGGCAUUUGAGGCCAACGUUCUGGCAGAGCUAGAGAAGAGUGGAUCAAGGCACAUUGGGGACGUUAUCAAAAUUAACAGUAAUUCAAACAACGUGUAUGCAACAUCAAAGAAGAAACAGUCAAACUGUUGUCAAUGAAGACAAACACGUGACUACUACAGUUAAAAGGUACCAAAGCAAAAAAGCAUAAUUUACUCAGAAGAGAAACUGAGAACCACGGACCACUCCCAGACACAUGGAAUUUGCAGUGAGAGCUAGCAGACGGGACAGAGACUUUUGCUUCCACAGGCAUUUGAUUAUCAUUUCUCCGGGCCCAGUAAGAACAGCUCCUUGGUUGGAUGUGGAUUCCUGUGGUGUUUGGCUUAUUUUUGCCUAUCUAUUGUUUCGGAAUAGAAUUUCCUCUAUGUCAUUGCACUCCAUACUGUACAAUUCCAGUUUUUGAGUGUUGACAGAUUAUCGCGUCACUGCUUAAAUGGCUAUGGAGUAUGGACAAUCAUGGACGUCUUCAAAUACCUAAUAUGGAUAUUUUUAAGACACCACCAUUAGGCCUAUUAGAGUUUUUACAGUGUUUUGUCUAGUGUUGUUUGCAUUGUAUAUGUUUUUUGCACAAUUUGUAACUAUAGCAUAGAUGGAAACUCAUGACUCCAUCCUGGGAGGUUAUAUUAUGCUAGCUAAGGAGUAUGAUUUCAUUGUUUGGAUAGUCCUAUUUUUAGCAGCACAGAGGCGUUCAUACAGUAUGAGAGAUGUGUAUUAGUCAGAUGUACCUCAUCUACGUUAGAGACAAUAAUAUAACUGAGAAUUAUUCAUUUUGAAUUAUAUGCGAUAUUUGAAUGACUGAUCUUAUACUAUCCCUCUAGUUGAAUAUCAUAAUCAGAGUGAAAUGUGCAUACAUAUGUCUAGUUGUCCUUUUAGACAAUAAAGAUUAUUUACGUUUUUUUUCUAAUA